CUCCUUCCUUUACCGGUUCGAGUUGGGCCUGGCUGCAUCGCAGAGUGGCAAGGAACGGGUUUAUUUCUGUCGACUUGGACCGCCGAGACACCUCCCGUCACCAGCGUGGCAAAAGGAGGGGUAUUCUGUCUAUCCCGAGGAGGGUCCGGAGUGCAGCGCAGUGCAGUGCAGCAGUGUAUCAUCUCGGCGGGUGUGCGCAGUGUCAACUGUGCCGAUCGCUCCGUUUCCCGUGCCUAGCACUCGAUUUGAAGGCGCCGCCAUGCCGAGCGCGGUGGCGGACUUCUACAAGGGGGCGGAUGUCCUGGUGACGGGUGCCACGGGCUUCGUCGGGGUGGCUCUCCUGGAGAAGCUGCUCCGGGGCUGCCCGGACGUGGGCAACAUCUACUGCCUGAUGCGGCCCAAGCGGGGGAAAGACAUCUCGGUCCGCGCCGAGGAGUUCCCCAAGAACCUGGUGUUUGAGAAGUUGAUUGAGAAGCAAGGCAGUGAUGUCUUCAAGAAGAUCAUCCCUGUGGCUGGGGAGAUCGGAGAGGAGAACCUGGGGCUCAGCCCAGAGGAUCGCAAGACCCUUCAGGCCAAUGUGCAGGUGGCGUUCCACUGCGCUGCCACUCUGGACUUUGAGGCCAACUUGAAGACGACUGUCACCAUCAAUCUCUUGGGUACUCGGCGUAUUGUGGAGUUGUGCAGUGGUAUGAAGAAAUUAAAGGCUCUGGUGCAUGUGUCUAGUGCAUAUGUAAACUCGAACCUUAAGGUCCAAGUGGAUGAAAAACUUUACCCUGUACCAGAUUCUGCUGACAAAAUAAUUGAAAUGGCCUCAUCAUUGAGUGACGCUGCCUUAGAGGAAGCUACUCCCAAAGUUCUUGGAAAUCAUCCUAACACAUACACUUUCACCAAAGCUUUGGCGGAACAUGAAGUUGCCAAAGGCUAUGAGAAGUUCCCCGCUGUAGUUGUUAGACCAAGCAUGAGUAAGUCCACUUUAUCGUUUUAAUCCUGUAGCUUUCUCUACUACUAUUUCAAUGUUUUUG